AUGCGAGAGGCGCAAGAGUUGAGGAAGGUCUUGGAGGAGGACCUUAAGGCUGGAAAGGAUCUUACUUCGGAGUUGAAGGAGGCCUUUAAGAAGGCAGACAAGAUGCUGAAGCAAUUCGAGCUGAAGCGUGUCCAGUUGGACAAGGCCCUUGUUAGAUAUUUUUGUGGCUUGCGGGCCAUAUUGAUAGACCAGAAUAAGUGCUGGAGUGACAGAAGUUGCAGCAGGGAUCUACACAAUGAGCUUGGAAAUGAAUUCCAUUGUUUGUUUAAUGUCAAUUUCAUGCAGUUGUCAAACUACAAUUCAUACUUUGUUAAUGUGCAAAGUGAAAAGGAGGGCAUCACCUACGAUCCCGAGAUUGAACGAACUCUUCAUCGCUGCCUUAGAGCUUCUAAGCAAGGGAGAGCUGAAAGUGCAGAGAUGGCCGAACAAAGGACCAUGAUGGAUUAUGCCAAACCAACCCUCACCGGGGCAGCCUCGAGCAUUGUGAGACCAGCAAUAGUUGCCAACAACUUCAAAAUCAAACUAGCAAUCAUUCAGAUGUUUCAAAAUACAGUUCAGUUUUGCGGCUUGGCUCAUGAAGAUCCGAACACUCACAUCGCCAACUUCUUGGAAAUAUGUGACACAUUCAAGCACAAUGGGGUUAGUGAUGAUGUGGUGAGGCUCAGAUUGUUUCCGUUCUCAUUGAAGGACAAGGUUAAGACUUGGCUGAGCUCUUUACCAGCUAGAUCGAUCUCUACUUGGGAUGAAAUGGCCAGCCGUUUCCUAUCCAAGUAUUUCCCUCCGUCCAAGAUAGCAAAGAUGAGGAAUGAUAUCACCACCUUCUCUCAACAGGACGGGGAGUCAUUGUAUGAGUCAUGGGAGCGUUACAAAGAAUUACUAAGGAAGGUCCCUCAUCAUGGACUUCCCGUAUGGUUGCAAGUUCAGACAUUUUAUAAUGAGUUGACCGAAGCAAAUAAGACUAUUAUGGACGCUACAGCUGGGGGAUCCAUUAAUAACAAGACCCCCGAAGUUGCCCAUGCACUCAUUGAGGAGAUGACUGCAAACAACUAUCAGUGGCAUUCCGAGAGAGCCCAAGUUAGGAGACAGCCCGAACUUCAUAAUGUAGACACCUAUACAACACUAUCUGCACAAAUCGAUGCCCUCAGCAAGAAGAUAUAUGAAAUGCAGUUGGCAGGCACGCAUGUUCAAACCGUAGCUUGUGAAUGGUGUGGGGGAGGUCAUAUCAGCACCGAAUGUCAAGUUAGAAAUCAGUUCAUGCAGUCCCCCAAGCAAGUAGAUUUUGUUGGUAAUUUGCAAAGGCAGCAAGGCAAUCAGUACCCUCGUGCAUUUAACCCUGGUUGGAGGAAUCACCCCAAUCUGUCUUGGCAAAAUCAAAAUGCGGUGAAACCCUUUCCCCAAAAUUUCAAUCAGCCAGAGAAUAAAUCCAAUCUAGAGGAGCUGAUGACCAAGUUCAUAGCAAGUGCAGAAACGAGAUUUCAGAACCAAGAGGCAUCGAUCAAGAACUUGGAAACUCAAGUGGGCCAGUUGGCACAGAUGAUAUCUUCUAGAGUCCAAGGCGCUUUACCCAGCAAUACCGAAGCAAACCCAAGAGAGCAGGUGCAAGCCAUUACUUUGAGGAGUGGUAAGGAGCUGCAAGAGGUGGAGAAGAAGGCAAAGGAAGAAGAUGCUUUAGCCCAAAUGCCACACUAUACAAAGUUCCUGAAGGAGAUAUUGGCAAACAAAGGGAAACUGGGAGACGUGGCUACUGUUGCAAUGAAUGAAGAAUGCUCACCAAUCCUCCUCAACAAACUGCCUCAGAAACUGAAAGAUCCAGGGAGUUUCACUAUUCCUUGCACUAUAGGCAGUUUGAAAAUUAAUAAGGCAUUGUGUGAUUUAGGAGCUAAUAUAAAUUUGAUGUCAUAUUCAGUUUUUAAGAAAUUGGGGUUGGGUGAACCCCAACCCACUAGAGUUGCAUUGCAGUUACCUGAUAGGUCCAUAAAGCAUCCUAGGGGAAUCAUAGAAGAUGUGCUUGUUAAGGUUGAUAAAUUCAUUUUUCCAGUAGAUUUCAUAGUGUUAGACAUGGAAGAGGACGUUGACGUCCCACUUAUCCUAGGGCGACCCUUCCUAGCUACAGGAAAGGCAACAGUUGAUGUCCAACAAGGACAACUCAGCCUUAAGAUUCAAGAUGAGGAAGUAAUUUUUAAAAUGUCUGAUGCUAUGAAACAUGCACCUUCUAGUGAUGAUUCAUGUUAUAUGAUAGAUGUCAUUGAUUAUGCGGUUGGUGGGUGUUUUCAGGUCAACGGGCAGCGCCUCAAACCAUAUGUAGCGGAUGGAGCAUUGCCUACACCAUCAACUGUGUACCUAGAUGUUCAUUGA